AUGCUAAGAAUCGGCAAGAAUCUUUUAAAGCCAAGAUACUAUUCAACAGGAAGUAGACCAAGUCAUGAGAUCUUCGAUAGAAGUGUGAAACUACAGCAGAAACGACUUCCUUUGGUUCAAACCCCAGAAGAAUUCAAGAAUGUUCAAUACUUGAAAAACGAAUCGAUCAAGAAGAUCAUUUCCACCUUGUCAUUCAUUAACAGAAAAUUCAAAAACACGUUAGAUAUCGGAUCAUCUUAUGGUCAUUUGGAAUCGUUGUUGGCGAGCAAGCCAAGUUCUCUGGUGAAUACCUCGAUCACCGGGGAUGAAAGUAACGAAGAUGAAGUAUUUGCCAAAGAAGUUGAUAUGGUGAAAUCUAAAUUCAAAAACAUAUACAUGCUUGAUUCAUGUAAAGAAAUGUUGGACAUGUGUGAUCAUAAAGCGGAAGGUCUCGAAUUCACAAAAAUCCACGGGGACGAAGAAAGCUUGGAUCAUGAAAUGCUCACUAACAAGAAAUUCAAUUGUAUUAUUAGCAACCUCUGUAUGCAUUGGAUCAACAACUUGCCGGAAUUUUUGGUGAAGACUUAUAAUUUACUCGACGAAAAAGAUUCGAUCUUCAUUGGGUCGAUGUUUGCCCAAGAUACCUUAUUUGAACUUCGAUCAUCUUUACAAUUGGCAGAAAUGGAAAGAAAAGGGGGGUUAUCCCCUCAUGUGUCACCAUUUGUCACCGUCCAAGACUUGGGAAACCUACUCAAUCGUGCCGGCUACAAAAUGGUCACCAUCGAUAUUGAUGAAGUGGUAAUUGAUUACCCUGACCUUUUGACGAUUAUGGAUGAGUUGAAGUUAAUGGGUGAAAAUAACUGCUUGUUCGAAAGAGAACCAUUGAGCAAAGAGACUUUGUUAGCAGCUGACCCAAUUUAUAGAAAGUUUUACGGUGUUCAAGAUGAAACAGGUAGAACUAUUUAUCCAGCUACAUUUAGAGUGCUAUUUUUCAUUGGAUGGAGAGACAAGGAAAUCAAAUCCGCUAAAAGGGGGUCGCAAAAUGUUGAUUUGAAGAAAAUUUUAUAG